AUGUCAAUCCCCUUCUACGUCUGCGGGCUGGCAGAGUUCGGCAAGGAUGAAGCGUUUCAUGGCCUGGACGCUGAGCUGCAAGCAUUGCGAAUUGACGCCACUACGGUCACCGGUCGAGACGCCGCCAAUCUCAUGACGAGACUCUCGCGGCAAGGUCAGCUUCGGCAUCCCACCUUCCCAGUUCCCUUUGAGUGCUCAAUCAUUGUUCUCGACCAUCAAAAGAGCUGCGGGUCCGUCUGUGAGCACGACAAGCACUGCGCCUCCAAUGCAUCGUCAUGGUACCCACUGAAAGACCAAAAGCACCCUCGAUACGCUGGGGAACUAUCGGAUGGCCUUGCCCAGCACCUCAUCACCUUCUUUUCCAACGACACGGAGGAGUUGCGGACGACACUGGCCGCCACGCUGGCGUCUCAUGGUGACGCCAUAUUGAAGAGGUGGAAGAAACUCUCCAAGGCGAAGAGAGGCCUUCUCCUUGCCAACAUCUCCCCUCGCAUGUUUGGCCCGUGGCCAGUCGAGGUCACGCGGACGAGACUUGUAUCGCUUCUCCAUGUAAGAACCUUGCACAGCGCCGCAUCAUGGUCCGCUUUCGACACCCGCAAAAACCACAUGGCGUGGUGCACCUCAUAUUACCCCGCGUGGUUCAGCAAGCGGUGUGUCACCAUGUGCGGUAGCAACUAUGCAUCGCUGUCAGAUUUUGACGAGGAGCUCUGCCACCGCUGGGCCAUGAUGGGAUUUCCAAGGGCAUUGAUGACCAUGCAGAUCCAGCACGAACUGAUGUAUACACUUCGAGACAUCGUGGAUGCUCUCAUCGGUGGGCAAGACAGCAGUGGCAUGGAGGCAUGGACGAACCUUGUGAGUGGUGGUCUGCAUCCGGCAGGCCGUGACAAAGCUUGGAACCCAUAUACGUGCCAGCCGUACACGCAUCCGCCCAGUUUCUCCCCAAAGCAGAUGGCCGGAACCGCUCAGAAUCGUUUGAAUAUGAUCACGGACGAACUGUCUCUGAUGCAAACGGAUCCAGCGUACAUGCAACAGCUGAUCAAAGCAAAGCGGGUCGCGAUUGGCAACAUCACUACGGACAUUCAGCGUAAACACCAGCUCAGCCACGCCGGUCCCCUGUUGAUGAUUGAGCACAUCAACCGUUACCUGAUCUGGCAGCUCGUUUCAUCACAGUGCCAUGGGCUUGCUGAGGUGUUCGAACAGUUCGGGCCACGUUGUGAUCCUGGCUUGCUCAUACCGAGCGAUGCCAGCCAUCGAAUGAGUGACUUCAGCCGUGUACUCGACACUUGCUUCCGCUCAGCUAGCAAGAACUUCGAGGGCAUUUUGCACAGCACGAGGGCAAUGCAGCACAAAUUCCAAGGUCAUCAGGUUGCGGGCCAGCUCUAUAUCAACGAGAACGAGGGCGCACUUGACCCUGACAACCCAGCGGAUCGCCUCCUCCGGCGCAUCAGAACUUUUCACAAGACCGCAGAUGGCCCAAUACCCGCCGACGGACUUUCGGCAAAGUUUGUGGACCUAUUCGCAGACGAGCAGUGUGUACAGGUCAUGGACAAGCCCACCGAAGAUCACGUCUCUGAUUUGGUGAUCCUGGAUGACAUGCGCACGUUAAUGACGUGGUGUCAGCGUGGGUGCUGCUGGGAUCAAGAACCACCCGGGGAAACGACAGGGAACCAUAGCUGUGUCCAUGAAGAUCCAGAUACCCGCCCACCCGAGCUUGUCUUCGAAUACCAGUGGCAGCAGCGGAUCGAUAUCCUGAUUCGGAGUUUUAUGGACGCGCCAUGGCCAAAUGGCAGAAAAGAUCUUGCCUGGCUGGCAAAGGCCGACGAGACGAGAAAGCGUCUUGCGGCUCUCUGGUGUGGCAUCGCGGAAGCACACGAGAAAGCAGAGAAAGCUGGAGGCCAGCAUUCGCUUGCAGGACAGCGGCUCAUUUCCGCAAUCACCUCUUCCAACACAGACGCGAACUAUCUGGCAGCCCUUGAUCAAGAACGCUCACUGUGCGCAGAGGAAUCUCGGAGAAUGAAUGCCAUUGCGGAAGUCAAUGCCAUGAAGCUCCUGAAUUACGCGCCGCAGUCGGAAUGGGGUGUGAAUUAA